UUUGAUGUCUGAUUUGUGACAGCCUGAAGUGGGCGAAUUUCUGUUUUGCUUUUGUCUUCGGAGGUUCUAUAAAAUAAGACUGUGAAGUUCAACAAAUAUUUCAUGAUUGAAGAGUUAUGAUAUUUUUUACGACUAUAUAUCAAGAAAAUGCAUUUUUCUAUUCCUGAUUUGCAACAGUUUCGCGAUGACAACGGGAUCACUUAUACGGGCUACAACAUUUAUAUUGAUGGAUUCUUUCACUGUACCGCUCGGUACAAACAACUACUCAGCCUUCACGAGCAAUUGCAGGCUCAAUACCCGCAUUUAAAGUUGUCUGGGUUUCCAUCAAAGAAAUUUUUCUUAACUAGUUCUCAGUUAGAGGAGAGAAGAAUAUUGUUAGAAAAAUAUAUACAAUUGGUUGGACAAAAUCCUGUAUUUGCAAAUUCGGGAAUUCUGAUCACAUUCCUAUUUUCGGCUCAGCAGGAAACUCACUCUGUUCGAGUUCAUGUAGUAGACAUAGAAAUAUCUCUAAUGAAUGGCUAUAGAAUACCUCUGUCUGUGUCAUCUACAGAUUCUUCUAGUACCGUUUUAGAUAUUGCUUGUAAUUCUGUGAAUUUAUCAAAAGACUUGACAAAAUAUUUCUCUUUGUAUCUACUUAACUGGAGCUGUGCCAAAGACGGGCAACCUUGUUUAAAGAAAUUAGAAGACUAUGAAUCUCCAUACAUAUCACAAAAAUAUGUAAGACCUGAGGAUAAGAUUGUUUUAAGGAAAAGUUAUUGGGACCCUUGUUAUGAUAUGGACUUAAUGAUAGAUAGGGUAUCAUUGGACUUAUUAUACCUACAGCUUAUUGAAGAAGUAGAUUUGGGUUGGAUAAUUGCUGAUCAGCAAACUAAAGAAAUUCUAUCAUCCUAUGAAGCUCAAAAGCAAAAGCGAGAGUAUAUUGAACUUGCUCGUUCCCUGAGGCACUAUGGCAGUAUUCCAGCUGGGGAAGCUUUGACUGAUGCCGUGAACAUAGGUGAGGCGGAUGCGACUGUUAUCCGUGCUCGAGUUUCCCUAGCAUCCAAAGAAUUAACCCUGACGAGUGUCACUCAUCCGAGCCAUGAACAGAGAUAUAAGGUCACUAGAAUGCGAUGCUGGCGUAUUACAACCUUACAUAAUGUCGAACGAUCCCAAGCAAAUGGCCACGAUUCUCUUCUCGAUGUACCGAGUAAAAACUUCGAGCUGUCAUUUGAAUAUCUCAUUAGCAAAGAUAAUUUAGUAUGGGUCACACUUCGGACAGAACAUGCAAUAUUCAUAAGUGUUUGUUUACAGUCGAUCGUAGACGAGUUGAUGCGUCAGAAGAGCGGUGAGGGUCCAACGUCCCCACGCUGCAAGCGCGCGAGUCUCGCCUAUCUGCGGCGAGACGGCUCCACGCACCUCAUUACGCCAUCCUCCUCCAGUGAUACGCUCAGCUCCGUGAAUGGCGAUUCAUCGGGUAGUUCAAGAGAAAUAUUUUCUGUACAGAAGCUUACGGAAAAAUUUGCGUCUGUUGCCUUCAAAUCGGGAAAAGAUUGCGUGGAAAAUAAUGCCUUCGAAGCGAUAGGCGACGAAGAACUUUAAAUUUAUUUCCAAAGAGUAAAUCUCUAUAAACUCCGUUGCCAAUACUGUAUAGAAUAUAUGCAUGCCCCAAUUCUCUCGAAUUUGUACAGAUAAUAAAUAAUAAUCCUUGUAAAGAUUUUCUAGUUAAAAAUUAGAAAAUAUAUUUAAGAAAAAGUA